AGUCUCCCACAUCUCUUUCCCAUACACACUCUUUUUCAGCUUCUUUGAGCCUCUAGCAGGGUUGGGGUUUAAAGUUUUUGCAGAUUUUGGAUUUUUCUUGAAGUUCUUAACUUGUUUUUUUUUUUUUGCACUAAAGUUCCCUACAGAAAACUUUGCUGUUUUCAAUGUUUUCUUGAAGAAGAUUAGAACAAAACUGAAUUCUGGAAUUUUGGGCCUUUCCUCCAAUAAACUGCAAAGAUCUUUUGUUGAAUUUUGGUCCUCAAAAUUUUCAACUUACAGUACAGAGCCCGAGUUUCAGCUCUUUGGCCAAUGCGAACUUUAUGUUCUCGUGAAAAAGUGAUAGAGAUCGGAACGAUGAUGGAAAACAAAAGAAGCCCUUGCUCUGUUGAUCAUAGCAGUUUCACUUCUUUGGCAUCGAAACGACAGAAGUCGGACUUAUCGAUCCCCACAAAGGAUAAGAAAGAUAAGGUCGGGGAACGAAUUGUGACUCUGCAGCAGCUUGUUUCGCCAUACGGAAAGACAGAUACAGCUUCUGUUCUUUCCGAAGCGAUGGAAUACAUACAGUUUCUUCAUGAACAAGUUAAGGUUUUGAGUGCUCCGUAUCUUCAAACCGGGCCUAUAAAUAACAUGCAAGCGAUCAUUAAACCGAACCAGGAUGUAGAGCAUUAUAGCCUGAGAAGCCAAGGACUAUGCCUUGUUCCAAUAUCGUACACCGCGGGAGUUGCUCGUAGCAACGGUGCCGAUAUUUGGGCUCCCAUCAAGACCACAUCUCCUAAAUUCGACAAGGCUAUCUCACCGUUCAAUUGACAUUUCUCAUCGGCUACCAUAGUCUUUGAACAUCACUCGAAUGGAGUUCAAAAGAUAACCAACAUGAUAUCGGAUGCACACAUUUUCCUAAUCUGAUGCAAAUUUAUAGCAUGAAGCACUAAUACAGGAUGUUUGUUGGCAAAAACUAUUAGGCCUUGAUCGCUAGGAUUCUGGUAUCAGAAAAUGCAGUCCGGCACCUUCGUAGUUUUAAGCCGGUGCUCGGAUUAAGCUGCAUUUAAUCUAUUCAAUUAUAGAAGUCAGUUGCUCUCUCUUGAUCGUUUUAUGUAAAAUGUAGAUUGAUGAAGAUGAGUUGAAUGGCUACUUUUAACCUGUAUGUAUUAAUAUUGGCGUCGAAUCGAAUUUCAUGGUUAGUAU